CAAAUGGACCUGCAGAUUUUUUGGAUAGACAGAUACUGGCUAGAGGGCUGCAACCGUCUUCCUCUCUCUUUUUUUCUCCUCCCCUUUCUCCAGCACUCUGUAUCUCUCUCUCAAAAGCUCUAAAGAGAACAGGAGGAAUAUCAAGCAGUUCACAGAUUUCUUUCACUGCUCUUGGAAACAACAAAGGAGCUUUUUCCUAACGUGUUUUUGAGUUGUUCUGAGCACCUGCCCGUGUAAAAAUGAGUGAUGAUGGUUCAUUUAUGUUCACGUCGGAGUCUGUUGGAGAGGGACAUCCAGACAAGAUAUGCGAUCAAAUCAGUGAUGCUGUCCUGGAUGCUCACCUGAAGCAGGACCCAAAUGCCAAGGUCGCCUGUGAGACGGUGUGCAAAACUGGGAUGGUCCUGCUGUGUGGGGAGAUCACUUCCCGUGCCAACGUGGACUACCAGAAAGUUGUCCGAGAUACCAUCAAACACAUUGGUUACGACAACUCCGACAAAGGUUUUGACUAUAAGACAUGUAACGUGUUAGUCGCUCUGGAGCAGCAGAGUCCGGAUAUUGCCCAGGGUGUCCACAUUGAUAGAAGUGAGGAGGACAUUGGUGCAGGAGACCAGGGUCUGAUGUUUGGUUAUGCCACAGAUGAAACAGAGGAGAGUAUGCCUCUCACCAUUGUUCUGGCCCACAAACUAAAUUCCAAGAUGGCCGAACUCAGACGCAACGGCACUGUUCCUUGGUUGCGCCCGGACUCUAAAACCCAGGUGACCGUGCACUAUGACCAGAGAGAUGGUGCCGUGAUUCCCAAGAGGGUUCACACGGUGGUCAUAUCGGUCCAGCACGAUGACCACGUCAGCCUGGAGGAGCAAAAAGACAUCCUCAGGGAGAAGGUUAUCAAAGCCGUGGUGCCCGCCAAGUACCUGGACGAUAAAACCAUUUACCACCUGCAGCCCAGCGGGCGCUUUGUCAUCGGUGGCCCACAGGGGGACGCAGGGGUGACGGGCAGGAAGAUCAUUGUGGACACCUAUGGAGGCUGGGGGGCCCAUGGUGGAGGAGCCUUCUCUGGGAAAGACUUCUCCAAGGUGGACCGCUCAGCUGCGUAUGCGGCCCGCUGGGUGGCUAAGUCUCUGGUCAAAGCCAAGCUCUGCAGGAGGGUCCUGGUCCAGGUGUCCUACGCCAUCGGAGUGGCCCACCCCCUUUCCAUUUCCUUGUUCACCUACGGUUCCUCCCAAAAGACAGAGAAAGAGCUUCUCCAGAUCGUUAACAAGAACUUUGACCUUCGACCAGGUGUCAUUGUCAGGGAACUGAACCUGAAGAGGCCUAUUUACCAGAGCACAGCCAGCUAUGGUCACUUCGGCCGGCCAGAGUUCACUUGGGAGGUGCCUAAGGAGCUGGAGUUCUGAACGUCCCCUACUGGUCUUAAUCAGCAGUUCUGACUUUAGACCCUCCUUAUUGGCAACCAUCACGACCAAUUCUGUAUCAUUGAUUUUCAAUGGCUCUUCAAAUAGACUAUGGAUGUUUCCUAUCACACAUAAUUCAAUGUAAAGCCAAACUCUUGUGGCAGGUUUUUGUUUGAUUAAUUCAGGGUUAAAUUAGUACAGGCCUGUGUGGUUACAGUUAUUAGUUUUGUAUCAGGAGUGAGAAAAGGCUAAGGGGAGCUGUGAUGGGAUGGAGUUAUGGUUUUACUGUCCUUGUAUGGCCUGCUCUCUUUAUUUAAUGUCUUAUGACCCUACAAUAGUACAGUUCCUUUAGCGGAACCUGUGUGUGCCUUUGGAUCAAAAUAGCAAAGCCUUAGAAGGAAUGCAUCUGCAGGGACGUUGAUCCGCAUCCACUUUUGUAAGAGAGCCUCAAAGGUGAUUUGUUAUUAUCAGAUUCACACAAACUAAAUUAAUUCAAAUGUAAUUCAAUAUCAAACAAGUAGAUCCUAAAGCCUCAAGGCUCUGAGACUUACACCAUAGCAAUACUGUUUAUUACACUCUCCAGGUGGUGCUACACUUUCAUGUCUGUAGAUAUGUACUUGAGUAACUUUAAUUAUAGAUUAAAUGUGCAGUUGCAUGUUUGGAACCCUU